AUGGCGACGAGAAGCACCAACUUUGGAUCAGGUUCCAUGGCGAGACCAUCCAUGGCGCCGCAGGGCUCAUCGGGCUCGGGAAGCGCCGUCAAGGCUCGUCAGUUGGCACACCUUCAUUCCCAGCUCGCACAGCUGUCGUCCAACUUGUCCGAUACUGAGAACCUGCUCCGCAUGACGGCCGUUCAGGCUGAAGCUAUGAGGGGUCUUGGUGCCUGGCAUGGCGGCAUGUUCAUGGCUGCGAGCAAGGUCCUGGGCGAGGAGUCGGUCAAGGAGCAGCCGCCGCAGAAGUGA